UAAAUUAUUUAUGUUAAAUCAAAAAUAAAAUUGGAUCGGCCCAUAAAUUUUGCCAAGCAAAAAAUUAUCCGGAGAACAGAUUUGACCGCCAAAACGAGAUUCAAAUAUUCAAAAUGUUACGCCACACGCCUGUGACCUACGAAUGUAACAGACAAAUCCAAACCCACUAUUUAUUGGGUGAGCGGGAAUUGAUAUUACAUCUCAUUCGUCUGUCAUGCUGUCACCCAACCCAAUCACAACAAAACCCUCAAAUUGAAAACUAACGGCACAGUAUUCUGGAAAAAUCGAACUCAAACACUAAUGGAGAAAAGACUCCGGUCGUCGCUGCAAACCUCCGCCGAGGAAUUCCUCUCCUCCGCCGCCAAAUUACCCUACAAGUCCUCCAAAUCCGCCAUCAAAACCUUAAUUAACACCUCAAUUAAACCAUCCUCCGAUCUAAGUUCCACUCUCCCCAUCUCUCUUUGCGACGCCGUUUCACACGCCAUUUCCCAAUUCCAGAAUCUAUCCACCUCGUUCUGCACGGGUUCCCCGUUAACGCCUCCGGCGAAGCGCGUCCGCAGAUCCGCCCGUAACAAGAAAGACGACUGCGCGUCUCCCACACAGCGCCAGGAAAAUGAGAGACAGCGUAUCUCCGAAAAGCUCCAGGUUUAUACCUACAUCUUGCACCUCUGCGUUUUCCACCCUAGAAACGUGUUCUCCGUUUCUGAAUUGUUGCCUGCAGCUAAAGAGUUGCAUGAUAACCUGUUCCUGUUCGAGUCUGAUUCGGUUUUGCUGUCGGAGAUUGCUAAUUUAUGUGAAGAAUGGUGGAAAGGCGGUUUAUUGGGGAAGGAAACCUUAAUUUCUCAGUCGUUGGCUGUUAUUCUAUCGCGCUCCUUGACUUUGAACAAGAAAGUGGAUGUUCACAGAGUUUAUACCGUUCGUGAUGCUUUAUCGCUGUUUGAUUUUGAGGAUGAGAGUAUCGAGGACUUGAAAAAUUUGCUGAUUCGGUGUGUGAUUUCACCUUUGUAUUUGAAAACAGAGGAGGGUAGAAAAUUUGUUGCUUUCUUGUUCAGUCUCAGUGUGCAGCUCACGAAAGAAAUGUGUGCGAUGAUAAAAUCACAGAUCCCAUUUGAGCGUAAAUCGAUCUUGGAGGCGUAUGGUGAAAUUGUUUUUCGAGCAUGGAAGGCAGAGGAAGCCAAAUGCAAGGAUGAGAUUGAGAACGGGUUUUUACAAGGGUUGGUCGAAAGUGCUGUGUAUGCCAGCUCUGCAGCAUUAGCAGCAUCAAUUAGAAGGAUUUUAUGCGGUUUUGUGAAUCAACGAACCACAGAGGGAGUAGAGAAACUAUUCUUUUGUCUGGCAGAACCAGUGAUUUUCCGAUCCCUACAGGUUGCAAACUCAAAUGUUCGUCAAAAUGCAUUGCACUUACUUUUGGACCUGUUUCCUUUAGAAGAUCCCGAUGCCACCAAGGAGGCUAAAGAUAUGCUACUAGAAAAGCAAUUCUUUCUGUUGGAAAAAUUACUUUUGGAUGAAUGCCCAGAAGUGAGAGUUGUGGCUGUAGAAGGCUGCUGUCGAGUUCUUCAUAUGUUCUGGGAAGUUAUUCCUUCACCAACAAUUACAAAGAUUAUUUCAAUUUUUUUUGAAAACAUGUCUCUUGAUGCUUGCACAGAGGUCAGACUCUCUACAGUCAGUGGUAUUAUAUAUUUGCUCGGCAAUCCUCAAUCUCAUGAGGUCCUUAAAGUGCUCUUACCUAGAUUGGGCAUACUUAUUAUGGAUUCUGCGUCAGUAGUGCGUGCAGCUGUCACUGAUCUCCUUCUUCUCUUGAAGGACAUUCGAAAUUUUCACUUCCAUAAGAUAGUGGGACUAGAUGUACUAUUAUCAACUCUUGCUGAUGACCAACCAAAUAUUGCAAGGAAAAUCACAAAACUUCUUCUACCAUCGUAUUUCCCCUCUAAAGUGACGGAAGAAGAAGCUUGUAAGCGCUGUAUUACUCUUAUCAAAAGGUCUCCUACAGCCGGGGCAAGAUUCUGUGAGUUUGCAGCAUCGGAAGGAGCGUCGCUUAAAUCUCUUAUGAAACUUUUUAAUGUUCUUAUCGGUUUGACUUUGUCAUCUGUUAAGCUUGAUGAUGAGCAAAUUGAGGGUUUACUUGUUUCCGCCUCUCACCUCUGUACGGAUCUUGCAAAGGAGGCUUCUUUCCUCGCUGCUCUCAAGGAGGAGUUGUCUGCUGAAAAGCUGAAGACUCUUUUCGCAGUUGCUUCUACUGCACGUGCUCAAUCUUCGAUAUGCCACAUCAUCUCAACCACGUCCCUAGAUGCAGUAGGUGACUUUUUUGGAGAUUGUCUCGGCUUUAUUACUAACUGUAGUGGUUUAUCAGACAAUAUUGAAAUGCAAGCUCAAGUGAGCUCCGCCCACAAGAUUUUCUUGUCGUGUGGUUGGUUUGAUGACAUGUUUGAAGCUCUGGUUGGGUUUCUGCAAGGAGUUGCCUAUGGAUGCCAUGUCAAAUUUGGAAUAGAAUUAGGGAAACAAAGGGCAAGGUCGGCAAUUAGAAUGAAAACUAAAUCUUCCUUGAAAAUAUCGUCAAAGGCGAAACAGAGCAAUCGGAAGAAGUCAUCUAACACUGGCGAAGAUAGAUUUCUGGAAGAUUAUGCAAUUGCCGUUGGAAUAGCAUGGCAAAUAAAGGACUUACUUCUGUCUGAAAAUACAAGGAAUGCUAUGUUCGGUUCUCGAACUUUGGAAAGUGCAUACUUAGCACUGAAGGUCAUUUCUGAAGCUAGUGUUGUGCAUUGCCUUCAGUAUGAUUAUUUCAACACAUAUCCUGUUUCUGCAUACACAACUCUGUCCCUGCAUAUGGCUCUUCAUAACAUUAAAACCGGAAGCAAAAAUUCUACGCAGGCAACUACGAUGGACUUGACGUUGGACCAUCUUCUUCAAUGCGCAGAUAAAGUAUUCAGUGCGAACAAUAACAAAAAGUCUGAAUUUCUUUCAGAAUCUGAUGGAUGUCAAACUGAUACCGGAAUGAUAAAACAAAUUAGCAUAUCAACUACGGUGAAGACAUUCACUGAAGUUCUCAAAUUCAUUGUUGACGCAACCGCCAUGAAUCUCACUCUGCACUAUCAAGAAAGAUGCUUGAAUUUCACAACAGAAACUUUGAAAUUCAUCACCGCAAAUUUAAGGGAACACGCUGUUGCUCAGCUGCAGUUAACAGAAGAAGACCUAAAAGAUAUAUUUGUUUGUUUGAAAAGCUCAUUCACAUACGGGGCCAAGUUACUCAGUAUAGUGCUCAAAACUCGUGAAGAUUCAUCAUUACCUCAAGCAGAAGCUCACAGUCUGGUCAACGAACUGUUUAAUCUCAUCGUUUCAGUUGAAGAGUUUCUGGGAUACGGAUAUGGAGCUCGUUUUAUCACAGUUGUCCAGCCGUGGGUCCCUGAUCUGAUCCUUGCUUUGGGUUCUUCCUUCUUGCUGAAAGACACUCCUUUGGAGGUAGAUACAUACGAGAAUGCCACAUUCUCAUCAUGGUUUUCCAUUUUAGCAAAGAUUGAGCUCUAUGAGCUGAGAGAAACGCACUCGGAUGAGGAGGUAAGAAAUACAAAGGAUUUCGCUGCAUUCAAGAGAAUCGUGGAGGCAAUGUGUAAGCUAUUGAAAUCCAAUGAGAAAAUACUCGAUGCUGUGGGGGUAGUUUUCUUGAAUUGUUCGCUAAAUGCCUUGAAAAACAAGAACUUAGAUAUUCUCUUGGGCCUUGUGCAUUUUGUCUGUGUAAAGCUAGUUGGGGCAGACGAUGGUGAAUGGAAAGAACUUAAGUUGAUGUUGGCAUCUCUUGGAGAGAUAUACUCUAAAGUGGGGAUAGACGAAGCUGAGGAGAUAUGCGAGAGUGAGGAAGAUAGACAAAAGUUAUACAGUGCAAAGGCAUUGCUUGAACCUGUUUGGACUUCUUUUAUUUAUAAUGAAACGAGAGAUUCGAUGGACGAAGAAUGAAUCACCUGCCAAUUGGAGCUAUCCUAUUGUGUGAUUUUGCAAUUAUUGUUUAUAUAGGAUCUAUAUUGAGACUUUUGAAGUUCAAAAAAAUAACAUUAACCGAUUAUCUGAUGUUUUGCUGCACACUGUAUAAACUUCUCUCUUUUUUUCUACAAAUUCCUUUCAUCCUAUAUAUCUAACUCACGCAGGCGCACAAACGUGCACAGUGAAUUGUUACUUCCU